AACAUUUUAGCGCUCAGUCACUACUCUUAAGUCGUUCUGGAUAAGAGCGUCUGCUAAAUGACUCGAAUAUAACGACAGGGAUACGUGAGAACUAGCAGCAUUAGUUCUGGUGCUUUGGACAAAUCACGAUUUCUCAGGUGUUGGCAUCUUUUGAAUUUCUGAAGCGGAGGGGACAGUUGGGCCCAUAGACUUGUCCGUAACUUGUAAAGAGAGAGAGGUCGGAGCACUUUGUUCUGGUUCCGAUCCUAGUUCUAUCUCUCCUCUUAACACGUAUGGACCCAGAACUUAAUGGAGCAUCUGACCAAUAACAUGAGACUUUUUAGUCCUGGGUUAACUGGUCAACAGGUCAACUCCUACUUUCACAGGUCAACUCCUACUUUCACAGGUCAACUCCUACUUUCACAGGUCAACUCCUACUUCACAGGUCAACUCCUGCCCCUACUUCACAGGUCAACUCCUGCCCCUACUUCACAGGUCAACUCCUGCCCCUACUUCACAGGUCAACUCCUGCCCCUACUUCACAGGUCAACUCCUGCCCCUACUUCACAGGUCAACUCCUUCCCCUACUUCACAGGUCAACUCCUUCCCCUACUUCACAGGUCAACUCCUGCCCCUACUUCACAGGUCAACUACUCCUACUUCACAGGUCAACUCCUACUUCACAGGUCAACUCCUUCCCCUACUUCACAGGUCAACUCCUUCCCCUACUUCACAGGUCAACUGCCCCUACUUCACAGGUCAACUCCUACUUCACAGGUCAACUCCUACUUCACAGGUCAACUCCUACUUCACAGGUCAACUCCUACUUCACAGGUCAACUUCUACUUCACAGGUCAACUCCUACUUCACAGGUCAACUCCUACUUCACAGGUCAACUCCUUCCCCUACUUCACAGGUCAACUCCUACUUCACAGGUCAACUCCUUUUCCUACUUCACAGGUCAACUCCUGCUUCACAGGUCAACUCCUACUCCUACUUCACAGGUCAACUCCUACUCCUACUUCACAGGUCAACUCCUACUCCUACUUCACAGGUCAACUCCUACUCCUGCUUCACAGGUCAACUCCUACUUCACAGGUCAACUCCUUCCCCUACUUCACAGGUCAACUCCUGCUUCACAGGUCAACUCCUUCCCCCUGUUUCACAGGUCAACUCCUUCCCCUACUUCACAGGUCAACUCCUUCCCCUACUUCACAGGUCAACUCCUUCCCCUGCUUCACAGGUCAACUCCUUCCCCUGCUUCACAGGUCAACUCCUUCCCCUGCUUCACAGGUCAACUCCUUCCCCUACUUCACAGGUCAACUCCUUCCCCUGCUUCACAGGUCAACUCCUUCCCCUGCUUCACAGGUCAACUCCUUCCCCUGCUUCACAGGUCAACUCCUUCCCCUGCUUCACAGGUCAACUCCUUCCCCUGCUUCACAGGUCAACUCCUUCCCCUGCUUCACAGGUCAACUCCAUCCCCUGCUUCACAGGUCAACUCCUUCCCCUGCUUCACAGGUCAACUCCUACUCCUACUUCACAUGUAAACUCCUUCCCCUGCUUCACAGGUAAACUCCUUCCCCUGCUUCACAGGUAAACUCCUUCCCCUGCUUCACAGGUCAACUCCUUCCCCUGCUUCACAGGUCAACUCCUUCCCCUGCUUCACAGGUCAACUCCUUCCCCUGCUUCACAGGUCAACUCCUUCCCCUGCUUCACAGGUCAACUCCUGCUCCUGCUUCACAGGUCAACUCCUUCCCCUGCUUCACAGGUCAACUCCUUCCCCUGCUUCACAGGUCAACUCCUUCCCCUGCUUCACAGGUCAACUCCUUCCCCUGCUUCACAGGUCAACUCCUUCCCCUGCUUCACAGGUCAACUCCUUCCCCUGCUUCACAGGUCAACUCCUGCCCCUGCUUCACAGGUCAACUCCUGCCCCUGCUUCACAGGUCAACUCCUGCCCCUGCUUCACAGGUCAACUCCUGCCCCUGCUUCACAGGUCAACUCCUUCCCCUGCUUCACAGGUCAACUCCUUCCCCUGC